UUUCGAGUGCUGUUAUUCAUUCUGCACAGCUCAGUUUGUUACAAAAAUUGUUAGUGUCAAAAUCUUAUUUUUAUUUAAAAAAUACAGUGUUUAAUACAGGUGCAGGUGUCGUUUACUUUUACAGUGUGUGCUAUUAAAAUACAUAAAAAAUUACAUUGUAAUCGAGUAACAAAUUUAAUAAUGGCAUCUUUGUCGAAAAACAAGAGACAGAAAAUGUCGGAAUCACAAAGUCCGGAUGAAGUUGUAUCAUUUAACUACAAGGAACUCGAUAUGAUUGGCAAAGGGGCCUAUGGCACCGUUUAUCGAGCACGCGACAAUCACACCGGCGCCUUCGUGGCCAUUAAAAAGCUGCGAAUUGCACUCACCGACAAUGGAGUGAGUGCGACGACGCUGCGAGAGAUUUCACUCCUUAAGCAGCUCAAUGCUUACGAUCAUGCCAACAUUGUCAAACUGUUCGAAGUAUGCCAGUUUCUGGAACGCGAUGGCAAAUUGCUGAUUUUGCUGGUAUUCGAGUAUAUGGAGCAAGAUUUGUCCGAUCUGAUUGCAGCUCUGCCCAAAUCGGGCAUGUCGCCCACAACCCUACAGCGUUUCUCUCGGGAACUUUUAACUGGCAUCGACUUUUUGCAUGUGAAUCGCAUUAUUCAUCGCGAUCUGAAGCCACAGAAUUUGCUCGUCUCAUCGCAGGGACAUUUGAAAAUAGCCGAUUUCGGAUUGGCCAAAACAUACGAUUCGGAAAUGAGAGUGACCUCGGUGGUGGUCACCCUGUGGUAUCGGGCACCCGAAGUGCUGCUCUGCCAGGGUUACAACAGCUCUGUUGAUAUUUGGAGUGCAGCCUGCAUCAUUUAUGAAUUGUUUAAUCGCAAACCUUUGUUUCCGGGCACAUCGGAAAAAAAUCAAUUGGAUCGCAUCUUCGAGCUCACUGGACGACCAUCUGAAGAACAAUGGCUGUCGAGCAUUUCCUUUUCCAGGGAUGAUUUCCCGCCACGUCUUCCCAAGCGACCUCGCGACUUUUAUCCAGACUUAUGUGAAUUUGCCGAUGACCUGCUGAAUCAAAUGUUUUCGUACGAACUUCACCUGCGUCCCUCUGCUUUGGCCUGUCUGGAGCAUAAUUAUUUUCAGCAGGAGCCAUUUUAGGUUCUAUUUACCUUUCGGGGUUUUCCCUGCAAGAGCAUUCACAACUAAAUAUUUGUUCUUGUUACAAUGUUCCUUUACUAUUCUACAUAUAUACAUGUAUAUAUAUAUUUUUUUGUUUAUUUUUGUAUCAAUCCUUAUAUUGCUAAUCUUAAUGUAAUCAGUCAGUUUAUUGUUAAUCAACUGGCGUACAACGAAACUCGAGGAUUUCGAUCCGGUUUAAAAUGUGAUACACAAAGUUCAGGACUAGAGACAUGCUCAGGCAUAUACAUAUACAUACAUUUAUAUAUACAUACACAUAUAAUAUGGUAUAGCUACCAUAUACCAUAUACAAAUACCAAUUAUAUUCAAAAUUGCGCUGUUCGUAAUGUCUGUACACCAAUUACUAUAUUUAUAGACAAAACUGCAUUUUUAUAUACACUUAUAUAUAUUUACAAUACAUUUUUGUAA